UCAGCAAGAUGGCUGCAGUUGUUCGAGCAAAUCAGGAGUGCGGGUUACUAGGCAGCGGUCCACAUCACUAGAGACAGCCAGCGCUUAUUCCUGACCACCCGUCCGAGUGUGUGAGUGAGUGAGUGAGUGUGUGUGUGUGAGAGAGAGAGAGAGAGAGAGAGAGAGAGAGAGAGAGAGAGAGAGAGCCGCAGCCAGUGGACCGAGCGGGUCACUUCUGACAAUUUUGGACCUGGUUCAAUUCGGAGGUACACAUGUUCUAAAUGUCAUUCGUGAGAUGGUAAGAGGGAGGAAGGAGUGAGGCCAUGGGCUGCACCUCGGCUAAGCAGGUGUCGGCUGUGCCCACUGACGAAGAGGGCCGGGGCAAAGCCUACAGCAAUGGAGACCUCUUCACUGAUGAAUAUAAGAUGAAGGGAGUGGAGGAGGUGAAGUACAUGCGUGGAGAAGAGGACAGGGUGAAUGCACGCAACCAGGAGAACCUGGAGAAAAGCUCAACACAGUACAGGACCAAACAGAACAAAGAGGUGCCUGGGCCCAGCGCCAACAAGACGAUCAUACAUACGUCAGAGAGUCAGCAGGAGUUCUUCAGAAUGCUGGAUGAGAAGAUUGAGAAGGGGCGGGACUACUCCUCGGAGGAAGAGGAAGAUGUGACAUAGCAAAGAGGUCUCGAUGAAUGACAAAGAUGGAAAGAGAGUGAGAGUGGACUCAAAUCAGUGUUUUCUAUGUCUGUAAUACUUUAUCAGUUGAGAGUAUGUGUGUGAGAGUGUGUCUGAGUGUUUGUUUGUGAGAGUGAAAGCAAGCAGGACUAUUUCACAUCAGCUGUUGCACCCUUGACCCCUCUCCUCUCUUGGGGAUGCCCUGCUUGGAGAUCUAGAUGGUUGGAUGAAGAAGUAACAACUUGAUUGACGUUUUAUCGACACACACUCACUCUGAUGUGAUAUUGGGACCUUGUCCUCUCCUAUCCUCUCCUUCUCUGUCAUCUUACAGCCAGCAUUGAACAGCUCCCUUCCUCCUCAGCUGUGACAGAGGUCCUCAACUAGCCAUCUGAGAGAGAGAGAGAGAGAGAGAGAGAGAGAUGAAAGGAUAUGGAGAGAAGAAAGAUGCCAUGCCCGUCCCAGGCCUUGUUUAAGUGGCAGGCUUAGAGAAACACUGACAUAUGGAGGAAAGGGAGGAGAGCCUACCAACACAUCCUCUGGAGAUAGUGGAAGAUGAAUGCAGAGAUGGAGUGUUGUGAAGGUUUUCUUGUUGGAAGGGGAAAUGAAAAAGAGCUAUUUUAUUAAAAGCGAUUAUAUGAACUAAUUUUGAUAUUUUGAUAAGAGCAACGUGUGGCCCAGUUUUUUUUGCAAAACUGAUAUGGACUCCUGCCUUUUGAAGGACACCCCAUUCCUUUUUGUUUUUUAGCUUAUUGAAUAGAUCAGUGCCCUCAAACUAGUGCUGUAAAGGUCAGGGCUGUGCGGUGAUCCCAUAACACUCUUGCACACACACAUACACACACACUCAAAGACUUGAAGCUAAAAUAUAUUACAACACAAACAAGUUCUGUGUGUGUCUCACUUUCUGUUUGUAUACACUGCUAUUAUUUUUCAAGUUCUCAUAAAUGGGCGGAAAUAAGGGCAGUCUGCACACACACACAUACUCACACACACACAAAUAUAACAAUUUAUAGCCUUAUAACUCUCAUAUCCAUAUUGACGUUUUAUGCUGCUCUGUUAAUACAGGUAAUGGGACUGUGAUGAGUGUAGCAGAGAGCUAGGAUUGUCUAAAUGUUGUUUGUGUGUAAACCAGGUCUGUGUUUGCUAAUCUGUGUCAGAGUCAGGUCUGACUGUGUUAAUCUUUGUUGACGGGAUGUCUGGAUCUGAGAAGGGUUUGCUAAUUGUUAGCCUAAAGGUGUUCGUCGUAGCCCUGUUUCUGUUUAGCUGCAGUUUUCACUUAUUUUUUGUUGUUGUUGUUGCCAUAAUUCCCUCUCUGUUCCUCACCCUGCCUAUUUCACUCAGUAGUAUUUAAGCGUUCAGGCUAAACUGCGCCGCCUCCGACAGGAGACCAUCGGGCCAGUAUGAGAUAGGGUGGGGUCACUCCUGCGACAGCGCUGGCAAUGCAUCCAUCAUCAUGGUUACUGGAUUGAAUCCUUUUUACAUGUUUAUUUUUAAUAUGUUUUCUUUUUCUAUUAAAAAAAAAUAAGACACAUGAGCUGUUGGUUUCUGUUUCUGAGUGCUUUCUUAAUGUUUAAUUGUUUAGCGUGUGCGCGCGCGUGUUACUGACAUUGAUUUCCGUUCCAGCGUCAUGUUUACUGUUGGUGGUCUGACUCAUAACGUUAAAAAUACUUAAAUGGUUUCUGAGGUCGAAUUU